AUGAGAUUCACCAAAGCAAUCGCCCUCCUGGCCACUGCCUCCUCAACCCUCGCAGCACCCCUCCAAGCCCGUCACGAUGCCACGAAAGCAUUCACCCUCGACAUCUCCUUCAGCAACAGCCCCCUGAAUGGCCCCAUCCAAGCCUCCAACGGCUCCUUUUACAUCGGAAAACCCCCCUCCACCUCCUGCCCCUCUGACAUCCCCGACUGCCCUCCCGGAAACACCACAACCUUCACAUCCACCUCCGGCUUACUCCACCUCAACACCGAAGUCCCCGGCGGCCAACAAGUCUACAUUUCCCCCGAGGGCCUUUUGACCUACACACUCCCCCACUCUGCCGCUAUACCCCUAGGCUCGCAGGUCACAGGUUUCGACAUCUCGCCGGCAAAUCAAAUGGCCAAAUUCUUUGAUUUCUGGCUGUGUAGUGUGGAUGCAGAGUAUAAAGUUUGGAGGAUUUGGGCAGAGUAUAGAGAUGAGGAGGGAGCGGUCAAGCAGAAUGGAUAUACGGGGGAAAAUGCUUGUACGAUGGUUAGUUUGCUGGCGGGCGAUGUUGAGGGGGACGAUCACGGUGCUUGGCAGUAUGAUUCAUGA